UUUUCGAAAAACUCACUCGUGCAAAUUAAUUCCAAAUUGAACUCGAAACCGUAUGAUUACCUAUACUAAUUGGAUAUAAAUAUUCGAUGAAGGUUUUUUUUGGUUAAAUUUGUAAUGAUUACAGUCUGCCAAGGUUUCAAAAACUGUUUGAAGCCUCGGCUUUAAUCGAUUUUGAUGACUUGCAUUACACCGACCUGGAUUGUUUCUGAUAAAAAAUUGAAUCUCUUUAGAUGUAGUAUUUAUAAUUGUUUGACGAAAAAGAAAAUUGAAUAAUUUUUUUUUGGCCCUGUUAGGAUAGCACUAAACAGUUAGAUCAGUGCCCUAAAGUUAUAUAAACGAAAACAACGAAGACGUCAGUCCUGUAAUACCUUCCUUUAGAUAAUACAAAAUAAAAACAAAGGAUCCCGGAUAACUUUGGACAAAUCUGUAAAACUUUGGAACUUACUUUGAAAAUGAGAAUAUACUUGACUAGUUUGUAUGAGUGUUGAAAGAAAAAAACGUAAGUUCGUGGCGUGAAUUAGUUAAGAAGUUUAGCUCUCGCGAAAUGAAGAUAGAUAUAUUGAACGAAAGCUUUGAUCAACUCAUAUUGUUCACGUUUUAUUAAAGCCUUGUAAAUUAAUAAAAAAUAAAUAUGUGACAUAAUUUUGGUUUUAUUGUGUUGUGAAAGAGGAAAACACAGACCUUUUUUAGCCUUUUUUGUUGGAGUUAGGCCCAAAAAAUCGACAGCAGCAGAAGAUGAAUUCUUUUCACGUGGACCAACUUCCCGUACCAACUCACUAUCACACCUUGUACCAACACAAGUUAGAAUAUCCACUACACAGAACGCAUUUGGUCUUCUGGUCACCAUACAUAGUAUUUACUGAGGAACAGGAUUUUUUCUAUCCAAGAAAACAUAAUAUAUAAUGGGGUGGGGAUUACAAGAGAGGCAAGGAGAGGGAGGGGGGUUCCCAAUAUGCACUGCCGGGGAGGCUAGUCCUACCUUUCAGGGUGCUUGACAAAUUCGCUCGUUAGUGAUCAACUUUUACCUUUGCAUGGCAGUUAGCUACUUCAUUAGCUCAACUGAGUUUAUUUUAGAAUCCAAAUAAACUUCCAACAAAACCAAGAAAUACAUGAAAUCCUUGGAAAUUAAACGCGAAGGAGUGUUGGAGGUGUUCGUAGUCGCCAGUGGUGUAAAACGGAGGCAAACCUUCAAUCCCGGACAAAAUGUCGGCACACCAAGAAAAUUGCUCCCCUCCAUCCCACUCACAAUGAACAUUUCAAUUCCUUAUUUUUUUUUCUCUUUUGCAAAUAAACAACAACACGACAUUUUCUAACAUUAAUUAGGGAGGAUCGGGAUACGUAGAUCCAACUCAAGUGUCCCAGCUGCUUUUGUCUGGAUCGGAGGGAGGUAGGCUAAUCCUUCAACGUGAAGGAAUAAAUGUCACAAUUUAGGCGGUGGUGUACAAUGUAGUUAAAUAAAGAAAAUCAAGUCGAUGUUGAGCGAUCUUAUUUGUUUCACAUGUAGGUUUCCUUUUUGUCUUUCAAUCAAGGGCACGAGGCGUACGGAGACUUGGUGUCACGCCAAACCAAUGUUGCGGUUAGAAGUAAUUCAACCUGUCGCGUGACAAUAACUUAUUUCUUUUUGGAUCGGAAAAUAUUAACCUGGAAAGCACAUGCAGGCUUUAUGUGAUGCACACGGAAUAAUAUUCGCCUGAAGGAAGCUUAAUGUAGAACUGUCCAUUUCUAACUGUCAAUUCGUAUUCAUGGAAAACCGUCCCGAAGCCCAAGUUCGUUGUGAUGUAUCUACAUGGAAAUGUUCGACAUACCUUUAAAGGUCUUCAAUAAACUAUGCUCUAAUUGAAAUUUCAAGCUUUUUACAUCGCAUUAGAUUCUUAAAGGUGAUUAGAACAUCUUAAUUUCUUAACACGCCAACUGACACAUGUUCAAGCGCACGCACGAAUCGCUAAUUAUCAUGCAAAACAAACAGCUCAGCAGAACGUGUUGUUGUGAUCAGUUCAUCAUGCAUAUUCAUACAUGGUUGGGUUAUAUACUGUUGAGUCGUAUAAUUUUUACUCAUACGUGUUAACGUUGUUGAAUCAUGGCGGAGACAGAAUUACUCUUUCCUAAGCUGGUUGUCCUCGGCGCAUCAGGAAAAACUGGACAUCAAGUGGUGCAACAGGCUCUCAAAAAAGGUCACUCUGUCACAGCUGUUGUAAGAAGCCCAGAGAAAUUUUAUAUCAAGGAUACAAAUCUUAACGUAGUUCAGGGAGAUGUGUUUGAUCCAGAGUCCUUAGUUCAAGUUCUUGAAGGCAAGAAUGCUGUGCUUUCAUGUCUGGGAUUUCAAAAUGGAACAUUCUUCACACCAACAACUCUUUACUCCAAGUCAAUGACAUCCAUAACAACAGCAAUGGAAAAGUCAGGCGUGGAGAGGCUUCUUUGCCUUACUGGUGUUUAUACUCAGAAAGAUCCGUCAAAUCCCAUAUGGAUGGACUGGCUAGUACGACCAUUAGCACGAUCGUUUAUGCCCGAUAUGGCACUAAUGGAGAACAUCGUUAUGAAGUCCAACCUUUGUUACACUAUUGUGAGACCUCCUUGCUUGUCUGAAGAACCCAUAACCGCCAAUUAUCUGUUAGCUGAAGGACAGUCUGUGCCAGAGGGUUACGGAACAGUUCCACGAGCUGAUGUGGCUCACUUUAUGUUGGCAUCAUUGCAGACCAAAGAGUGGGCCAAGAAGGGCGUGGCAAUUGAUGCCAAGAAGAAACAGUGAAUCAAGUCUUAAUCUACGACAUAUUAAUAUUGAGUUAUAAUUUUACAUGGUUGUUUUAGUAAGUAAUUCAAAAAAGAUGAAUGUACACAUCUUUACGAGACUAUAAUUUAUAGUUAUCUAGAUAUAUUUCUUUUCGUUUCACUUAGGAUACAAUUUAACAUGUAUGUGAGGAAAUAAGAGAAAAUGUGAAGAUAUUAUAUUAUGUCUAACACCAAGACUUGUGAACAAUUUGAGGCUUUGAGAGAAAAUGAAUAAUGUUUUCGUCUCCUGGUUGAGUUGUAUCGGGUUGUCAAAACGAUUUUGUAUUACAGUGCCCAGAAAGAAUCCCGAAACUCUUAGAGAAACGAAGAGUGGUUCGAAAAUGCGGGAGUUCGGUUGGAACAUUGGGGGAAGAUGACAGUGAAACAAAUCCAAGAGAAGCGACUUUUUGUUCGACUUAUCGAGAAGUUUAAGAGAUCGGGAUUCCACGCGUAUUACUACAAUCAUUGUUUUAUUGUUAUUUUCUGGGACACUGGAAUCAUAGACGCUGUUAAUGAGAACAUUUUUAAACUCUAACAGUUACAUUAUAAAGGACAUACCAAGCUAAAGCUAGAGUAAAUAAUAAAAAUAUACCUAUUCGAUAUGAUUCGAUGUGAGUGCUAACUUUCACUCUCGUUCGUUUGUUUCUCAUCAUUGAUACUUUCGCGAACGUUUCUAAGAACGUGAAAUGCGUUUUGGAGCACUCGCUCCAGCUACUUCGUUUUUCAUUUUCCGAAAUUCCUCUAGUGUUUCUUUGUCGAUAUAAGAACACGAAAAUGUUCUGUAUUUCUAAAGUCAAAUACAAAACACCGCUCAUUUGGUGUUGUAUCGUGAGCUAAAAAAAAUGUCUGUUAAGGAAUAUAUUGGAAAAUAUACAAUCCAUUCCCUUU